UAAGGGAAAGGUUCCCGCGCGGAGCUGACAACUUUCCCUGCCUUCGCUUGCUGCCUGCCUGGAACUAUGGCGGCCUCUGCGCCGACUCCGCACGCGACUGGCUUCCCGGCCGAGGGUCGCUGCGGUUACUACGUGGCGAAGAAGAAGCGGUUCUGCAGGAUGGUGGCGGCCGCCGGGAGGAGGUUCUGCGGCGAACACGCUGGCGCCGCGGAGGAAGAAAAUGAUCGAAAAAGAAUCCUGUGUCCUUUAGAUCCGAAACACACAGUCUAUGAAGAUCAAUUAGCAAAGCAUUUGAAAAAAUGUAACUCAAGAGAGAAGCCAAAACCUGACUUCUUUAUUCAAGAUAUUAAUGCAGGCCUAAAAGACGAAACAGAAAUACCUGAACAGUUAGUUCCAAUUUCUUCUCUCCCUGAAGAGCAGUUGGACAUUUUAAUUAAGAAGUUGAAAAAAGCAAGUGAGGGUUUGAACUCUACACUUAAAGAUCAAAUUAUGUCCCAUCCAGCAUUGCAUGAUGCCCUUAAUGACCCUAACAAUGGGGAUUCUGCAACCAAACACCUGAAGCAGCAGGCUUCUAUUUUAGGUAACAUUGAGAAAUUAAAGUUACUUGGUCCAAGAAGAUGCUUUGUUGAGUUUGGAGCAGGAAAGGGGAAAUUAUCUCACUGGGUUGAUAUUGCCUUAAAAGAUGCCGAAGAAGUUCACUUCAUCCUCGUAGAGAAGGUGCCCACGAGGUUCAAGGUAGAUGGCAAACACAGAAAGAAAAAUUCAGUGUUUCAGAGACUUCAGAUUGACAUCCAACACCUGUGUCUGAACAGGAUUCCCGUGCUGAGCAGGGAGAGGCUGCCUGUGGUAGGAAUCGGAAAGCACCUGUGUGGAGCGGCCACAGAUCUUGCAUUACGCUGCCUGGUCGAAACGUAUGGCGCCAGCCGUGAGGAAGGGAGUGAAGAGCCUUCAGCCAAACGCAUCAAGAACGAGAAAGCAGACAGAGACAUCGACGCUGCGGCCGAGGCCGGCGGAGAAAGAAACGUGGCGGAGGCGUGGACCCCUGUGGCUGGCAUUGUGGUCGCGCUGUGCUGUCACCACAGGUGCGACUGGAGACACUACGUGGGCAAAGACUAUUUCAGGGCGCAGGGCCUGGGCGCCCAGGAGUUCCACUAUUUCCAGCGCAUGAGUAGCUGGGCGACGUGUGGGAUGCGGACAGCGGCUGUGGAGGCCUCCGGUGUCCCCAGGACGAGAGAUGACGAGAGCGAGGACGGCGAGGAGCAUGAUGGCGGGGGACAUGGAGGCCCUGAGGACCGCGCCGGGACGUUGCCCGGGUUCCUCCCCGCGGAAGAGAAGGAGAGGCUGGGGCGCCUGUGCAAGCUGCUGAUUGACCAGGGCCGCCUGCAGUACCUGCGGCGGAGGGGCUUCCGGGCCGCGCUGCAGCGCUACACAGACCCGGGGGUGUCCCUGGAGAACGUGCUGCUCACCGCCUUGCCGGCUCCAUCCGCAGACACGACUGCUUAACGGAGAAGAAGCUGAACGCCAUCUGUCUUCCACCAAAAAACAAGGCCCCACACUGUGUUUUUAUACUCAUGGAAAUAUCAUUUAUAGCAGGUAAUCCGGACUUUAUAAAACGUUGUGCCUCACUGCA